CUGAGCUCACAAAAUUGAUCUUAAGUUUCAUCUUCUUCGUCUUCGACUUCGUAGUUUCCAUCUCCGUCUCCUUCGUCCGCCAUCGAUUUCUAACCCUUUGUCACCGCCUCAAGAAAAGUAAGACAUUUCUUGAACAAUCAUGGAGAAUUCUAGGAAUAGAAGAUGGAUGGAUUACAGUAGAGUCAGUAAAGAGUAUUUAGAUGGAGUAGAAAAUUUUCUAAACCAUGCGUUUCGUGAAAAUCAUAAUGGAGGAACAAUUUCAUACCCCUGUACAAAAUGUGUGCUCUAUUAUCAAGUAAAUCGAGCAGUGGCAUAUGAUUAUCUUGUCGUUAAUGGUAUUAUGCCAUUAUAUAAUACUUGGUUUUGUCAUGGAGAGUCUCUCAAUCGAUCAACUAGUACUGAAGAAAAUAAUGACAGACAAGAAGCUUUAAGGAGCGCUGAUAUGAGAGAAAUGAUACAUGAUGUUUUUGGAAGCUUCAUCCAGUUCAAUGAUAAUAUUAGUGAAAGGGAAGAGAUAGCGCCAAAUGUAGAGGAAAAUGCUCCUCAUCCAUCAAGAUUUCAACCUCAUCCAGAGAUAGAUAAGUUUGAACAACUCAUGAGAGAUUCAAAUGAAGAACUUUACCCUGGGUGCAAAAAAUUCAGUAAACUAUCAUUUGUGCUUCAACUAUACCGUAUAAAACUAUUAUUCAAAUGGUCGAAUGAGUCUUUUAAUGCCUUGCUUGGUUUAUUGAAGGAUGCAUUACCUGAGGGUGAGAAGUUGCCUUCUUCAUUUUAUGAGAGCAAGAAGAUUAUUGAGGGCUUGGGGUUAAAUUACAAAAAGAUUCAUGUUUGUCCCAAUGAUUGCAUGCUUUUUAGGAAUGAGUUUGCUAAGAAGGAUGUCAAUGAAUGCUUAAUUUGUGGGGCUUCUAGAUGGAAAAACAGUGUCAAAAAGAUUCCAGCCAAGGUACUAAGACACUUUCCUCUAAAACCAAGACUACAAAGGUUAUAUAUAUCUUCAAAAAUAGCUAAAUUGAUGCGAUGGCAUCACGAAGAAUGGAAUAAGGAUGGAGUUCUUCGACAUCCUGCAGAUUCUGAAGCUUGGAAAGCUUUUGACAUCAGACAUCAAGAAUUUGCUAAAGAUCCUCGCAAUGGUCGGUUAGGAUUGGCUAGUGAUGGUUUUAAUCCUUUUGGUACUAUGCGAAGUGUUUACAGUACAUGGCCGGUGAUUUUAAUGCCAUAUAAUCUUCCACCAUGGUUGUGCAUGAAAGAAGACUUCUUCAUUCUAUCCUUGCUCAUUCCUGGACCAAAAGGACCCGGAAAUAAUAUUUAUGUCUUUCUAGAACUUUGAUAGAAGAGUUAAAUGAUUUGUGGUCUGUGGGGACAAAAACCAUUGAUUCCUUUUCUAACGAGACAUUUCAAUUGCGAGUUGCUCUCAUGUGGACCAUAAAUGAUUUUCCAGCAUAUGGUUCUCUAUCAGGAUGGUGUACUAAUGGUCAAUUUGCAUGCCCCUGCUGCAACAUAAACACUCAAUCUAAAUGGUUGAAACAUGGUAAAAAAGUUUUGUUUCAUGGGCCAUCGGCGUUUCUUGAUGCAAGGACAUAAAUAUCAAAAUGAUGCAAAAUCAUUUGAUGGGACUAAAGAAUUAAGACCCGCACCUUCUCCUAUAUCUGGGUCACAAGUUCUAAAUCAAGUUAAAGGCAUAAAGUUCACCCUUGGUCAGUUAAGUAAAAAGGCAAGCGGGGUGAUGAAAAACACAUGAAAAAAAAAGAGUAUUUUUUUCAACCUUCCUUACUGGGAGUAUAAUUUGGUUCUUCAUAACCUUGAUGUGAUGCAUAUAGAAUAGAAUGUGUGUGAUAACUUGAUUUAUACAUUAUUGGGUCUUGAUAAAAAAUCAAAAGACAAUGUGGAAGCUCGAUUGGACUUAAAGGAGAUGAAUAUAAGACCAGCCUUAUGGCCUCAACAACGAGCUAGUGGAAGGACAUAUCUUCCUCCUACUUAUUUUACAAUGUCGCCGAAAGAAAAGAGGUUAUUCUACGAAGUAUUAGAAAAUGUUAAGUUUCCAUAUGGCUAUGCAUCUAAUAUCUCGCGUUGCAUUCGCAAACGAAACUUGUCAGGACUCAAAACUCAUGAUUGUCAUGUUAUAUUGCAAGAACUCCUUCCUAUUGCCUUGAGGAGAUCGGCAGAUAAAAGGGUGACUUCUGUUUUAAUUGAAUUAUGCUCAUAUUUUCGAGUGCUUUGUAGCAAAGUGCUUAAAUUCAAAGAGUUAGAGUUACUGGUAGAAAAAAUUGCACAAACUAUGAGUAAUAUGGAGACCAUUUUCCUACCAUCAUUUUUUACUGUCAUGGUACAUUUGGUUAUUCACUUGGCUUUAGAGGUUAAAAUUGCGGGACCGGUACAAUAUCGUUGGAUGUACCCAAUUGAGAGGUACUUGCGUAAAUUAAAAUCGUAUGUUCGCAAUCUUUCAUGUCCAGAAGGUUCGAUAGCUGAAACAUAUAUUGCGAAUGAGUGUUUGCAAUCUUGCUCACUGUAUAUGGAAGGUGGCGAUUCAAGGUCUUAUUGGACUAGAAAAAGUAAAGAUGAUACUAAACAUGAGAUUGAUAAAGAAGGCUGUCUUUUUCCUACUAUU